AUGGCGCGAUCAAUUUUUAAUUUCUCAGAUGAUGAUGUGGUAUCUGUGUGUCUUAGUGGAGUUGAUAAAAAUAACAAAGAAUGGUAUGCUCGAGAAAUUCAGACGUAUGACACAUCAAAUUAUGAACAUUUAUUAUCUGAUAUAAAUAUUAUGAAAUAUAUGUAUCAAGAAAGGCAAUUAAUAAGCGAGGAAAUUAAAUCUAGAAUAGAUAAUGACUAUCUAAUAAGACAACCCAAAGGUGCACUCACUAUUCUUGAUGAGCAAAGUAAUUUUAUAGGAUUUAUACUGUCUAAACCUAUACCUAGAAAAAAGGGUAAAUCCGAAAUAGUUUAUACAUUAUCUAAAAAAUAUUGGGAUAGAGGGAUUGGACAAUCCGUCUUAAGUAAGAUGGUUACUGUGUGGGGCCCAGAAGUACGCAAAAUUGGUUUAGGUGAAAAUCUUAAACAACAAGAAAUUCAAGAAAUCUUUCAAUUUAAUG